CCCCUCCUCCCGGAAAAAAAUACUUAUCUGUUUUUAAAAUUUUACAAUAUUCCAAGAAAACAUUAAUUUUUUAUUCUAUACCUAGCAUGGCGGACAGUAAGGUGGAAAGCAGUGGAGAGCUGAGCGCCAAGCAGUGACAGACGGUGACGGGUUUCAGCUAGCCAGGAAGAAGUGGGAGGGACCUUGGAAGAACUGACCAAUGAGCAGCUGUGUUCCAUGAAGGAGUUCAAGGAGAAGAAUCAGGCUGAAGAGACAGAGAAUGGAGAGAAUUCUGCAGCCAAUGGAAAAAAUGACGAUGAGAAUGGUGAGCAGGAGAAUGAGGUAGAGGAAGAUGACGAAGAUGUGGGCGAGGAGGAAGAGGAGGAUGGAGAAGGUGACGAAGAGGAUGAUAACCUUGAUGGGCCAGUGGGAAAGAGAGCCGCUGAGGAUGAUGAUGAUGAAGAGGACGAAGUUGCAAGCAAAAAACAGAAGACAGACAAGUAAUGUCACCAGGGCCCACUGUUUGGAGGACAAUACCAUUGAGAGACAACCAGUUUUCCAGCAAACCUUCAACACCUCAGUCCUCCUUUCUUAACAAAAAUUAAUUUAAAAAGAGAAUUUGUUUGUAUUUUUAUUUACAUUUUAUAUUUUUGUAAAUAUUGUGAGGAGGUUGGCCAUUUUGCAACAAGGAUCUGGGUCAACGUCAUUAGCUGUCCACAAUCUGUAUGAACAUGCCAGAAACAUCCAGCCUAUCGUUACACACACGCACACGCGCGCGCGCGCGCGCACGCACGCACGCACGCACGCACGCACGCACACACACACACACACACACACACACACACACUGCAGCAUGUCCAACACACACUGCAGCAUGUCCAACACACACAUAAAUGCUUAUUUUAAUUAUUUUAAUUUAGGGAUUCUAAGGUCAGUAGGAACAAGUUGCGUAUUGACCUGUAUGGAGUGUUAAAAUGAUUCAGCACUUCUUUGAGUCCUGAGUAUGUAUUUAUGGUAUUUUGUAUGAAAUUCCAGCAUUGUAGCUUCUGUUGCCAGUAUGUCUUUAUACGUGUAUAUGUCAUGGUCAGAUUAUAAUGUUUUUAUGUCUGUUCAAUUAAGUUAAACAAUAAACAAUCAUUUGGUUAUGUAUGUUUCUACCUAUCAGGGAUUGUGUCUACUUGCGAGAAAAACAAUGAUACAAAUCAGUGACGUGUGAACAUGGGAGAUUUGCCCAGAUGUGACUCCAACUGCUGCAUGUCCAUUUUGAAAAUAAAAAUGAGAUGUUUGGACUGCCAGGUAACAAUGUCUAUUGUGCUCCUGGUAUAGAUUUUUUUUCAGAUAACUGGUUUAUAUGUCACAUGUCUGAGAAUUUCAAAACAAAUUUGUUGAAUAUUUUCCUUAAAUAUGCAGCUUAACUACCUGCCCGUUCUGAUUUACAGCCCAUUGUAGGCUGUGUAUUUCAUACCCUCUCUAUAAUUUCUAACACACUACAGAAGAAGUGACUGUUAAGUUUUCAUUUGUAGAGAGACAAAUGAAAAAUGCUAAUUUCCAUUAAACAUAGACUAAACUCUUUUUAAA